GCACGAUUGUCACCUCCACAAGCCACUCAACCUCCAACACUGUGACUUCCGGCAGCCCCACAACCCCUACCACAAUCACCCAACAAACAACUGCCUCCACCACAACCUCCAACACCGCAACUUCUACCGACACUGAGACAACCAUCAGCCCCACAACCUCCAAUACCGCGACUUCGGCCAACACUGCGACAACCAUCAGCCCCACAACCUCCAACACCGCGACUUCUGCCAACACCGCGACCUCCACCGGCACCACAACCUCCAACACUGUGACUACCACCAGCCCCACAUCCACCACCACAACCACCGAACCUUCAACUGCCACCAUCGCAACCUACAACACUGCGACUUCUGCCAACACCGUAACAUCCAUCAGCCCCACAACCACCAACACUGUGACCUCUGCCAACACCGCGACCUCAACCAGCCCCACAACCCCUACCACAAACACCCAACCCACAACUGCCACCACCACAACCUCCAGCACCGCGACUUCUGCCGACACUGCGACAACCAUCAGCCCCACAACCUCCAACACUGUGACUUCUGGGAGCCCCACAACCUCUACCACAAUCACACAACCCACAACGGCCUCCACAACCACAUCCAUCACCGCGACUUCUGCCAACACUGCCACCUCCAUCAGCCCCACAACCUCCAACACUGUGACUUCUGGCAGCCCCUCAACCACCACCACAAUCACCCCACCCACAACACCCUCCACCACAACCUCCAACACCGUGACUUCUGCCGACACUGCGACAACCAUCAGCCCCACAACCACCAACACUGUGACCUCAGGCACGACUGUGACCUCCACCAGCCCCACAACCUCCUCCGCAACCACCCAACCCACAACGGCCUCCACCACCACAUCCAUCACCACGACUUCUGCCAACACCGCCACCUCCAUCAGCCCCACAACCUCCAACACUGUGACUUCCGGC